UCAAUGAGCGCAUGCGCAAAAUUCGAAGCCAACAGGACGCCGUGUUGGGAGAUGGAUUCAUAUUUGUAAUUCUUUGUAUUUUAUGUUCAUUCUAAAGGGAAAAUAUGGCUUGAACACAAGCAGAUUUCUAAAUCAGUGAUUGGAGGUGCAAAUUCUUAACAUUUGGACCUCUAACUCAUCAAUGACUUCACGAUUUCAAAUGUUUUCCAAGCAAACCUCCAAAGGUAUUAGAUAGGAACUCCAAGAAAACAUGGAGCCAAAAGUUGACUUAAAUUUUGACGUGAAAAUAUUCUGUCAAAAUUUACGGGCCACUAAACCACCUUACAAGUGUCCUGUUGAUAGUUGUGGAAAGGUGUACAAAAGCUUCUCGGGCAUUCAGUUCCAUCUGUACAACUAUGAUCAUGACAAUCCAGAGAAUGUGCCAUCACCAGCAUCAGUCAAAAAGACAAAGAAGAAAUUGGCAAAGUGGCACCAUAGGCAAAAUCGCCGUUCACCUACCCCACCUGAGUUUUUUAGAUCUCCCACAAGAGAGACUUUGACUUACGCAGAGGCUCAAAGACUUGUAGAAAUUGACCUUGAAGGAAGAAUCCACAGAAUAGAUAUUUAUGAACCUUUAGAAAUAAUUUCACAAGACGAGAUUGAUAAUCAACACAAUACUGAAAAAGAGGAGAAGGCUGAAAAGUCUCCACUCAAAGGUGGAAAAAGUUCGGACAAUAACAAGAAAAAAGAAAAUGGUACUGUGAUCUCAAAUAAUACUGUCAAACUUCCAGAAGCACAAGUUAAAGUAUUAGAUGAUUAUAUCAAACCGUCUGGGCCUCCACAGCGAACAUCUUCCUACUAUCGUUACAUGGAGAAAUCAUCGGAUGAGUUGGACGAGGAAGUAGAGUAUGACAUGGAUGAAGAGGAUCAUGCAUGGCUCGAGAUUCUGAAUGAUAAGAGAGAUACAGAUGGAAUACAAACUGUUUCGCAAGAAGUGUUUGAAACACUUAUGGAUAGAUUUGAAAAAGAAGCUUACUUCCAAAGUCAAAGCUCAGGAAAAGAUCCGAAUCCCUCCAUCGAUGAAGAUGCUGUGUGCUCAAUAUGUAUGGAUGGCGAAUGCCAAAAUAGCAAUGUGAUUCUGUUCUGUGACAUGUGUAACUUGGCAGUUCAUCAGGAGUGCUAUGGUGUACCCUACAUUCCAGAAGGACAGUGGUUGUGUCGGCGCUGCUUACAAUCCCCAUCGCGAGCAGUUGACUGCUGUCUGUGUCCCAACAAGGGAGGUGCUUUCAAGCAAACUGAGGAUGGACGUUGGGCGCAUGUGGUUUGUGCUCUCUGGAUCCCCGAAGUGGGGUUCGCCAACACAGUAUUUCUAGAGCCCAUUGACAGUAUAGACCGGAUUCCAGCUGCCCGAAAGAAAUUGACUUGUUACAUAUGCAAGCAGAGGGGUUCGGGGGCCUGUAUUCAGUGUCACAAGACCAAUUGUUACACAGCAUUUCAUGUGACUUGUGCCCAACAGGCAGGACUCUUCAUGAAAAUAGAGCCUGUUCGUGAAUGUGGACCAAAUGGAACAACCAAUGGAGUCAGAAAGACAGCAUACUGUGAUGUGCACACACCUGCAGACUCGGACUGUACGCCUCAUUUAGCAGAUGAAGACAAGUCAGUGUCUGCUAAAAAGGCAAAAGAAAAAUCGAGAAUCAAGAUGAGAAAAGCUCGGAAAAUUUUAGCGGAGAAGCGCAAUGCUGUGCCAGUUGUAUCAAUACCAAUUAUUCCACAAUCGAGGUUAACUCGGAUUUCUAGUCUGGUGUCUCUUCAGAAGAAGGAUCAAUUUCUCAAGCGUCUGCUCAGCUACUGGACCCUGAAGAGACAGUCCCGGUUUGGAGUGCCAUUGCUCAGAAGAUUACAGUCUAAUCAUAUGACACGCAACAAGGAACAUCAAUCCAAAAAUGACAAGCAGAGCAAUGCUCUUCGUGAGCAACUGAAAUACUGGCAGAGAUUGAGACAAGAUCUGGAGAAGGCGAGAUUACUAGUGGAACUCAUUCGCAAGAGAGAAAAAUUAAAAAGAGAACAGAUUCGAUUCCAUCAGCUUGCCACAGAGUAUCAGCUUCAGCCAUUUGUGUUGCUCCUCCGACAAACUCUGGAGCAGUUGGAAGAAAGGGACACUACCAGUAUCUUCGCAGAACCUGUGUCUCUCAAAGAGGUUCCAGAUUAUUUGGAGUACAUUGACAAGCCAAUGGAUUUUCAAACAAUGCGUAAGAAAGUCGACGGACACUUCUACACAAGUGUGGAUGAGUUUGAGAGUGAUUUUGAGUUGAUUGUGCACAACUGUCUGACGUACAAUGCCAAAGACACCAUGUUCUACAAAGCGGCAGUAAAGCUGAGAGAUCAGGGAGGAAGCAUAAUUCGUUCAACACGACGCAUGGCAGAAAGAAUAGGGUUUGACAUGGAGACUGGUAUGCACAUCGAGGAGGUCCCAAGCAAACAUGAUAGAGAACCUGUCAUCCUUGAAGACAUUGACAGAUUCAUGCAGAUGGACAUCCGAGAGGGAAUGCCCCUGGAGGAACAGCUGAGGAUCCUCCUGGACAAGAUGGACGUUGCUAAUACAAUGCCCAGAGGAGGUCGAAGGUCUAAAUUUGCCAAAAGAAUUAAGAAAGAAAUAUUCAAAGUGCGGAGAAAGUUGGCAUUACAAAAAGGACAAAGUGCAAUGGAUACUGCUGAUGAAACAGCAUCAUCAGAAGCUGCUUCUGCAGAAGAGGGAGAGAGUCAGCCUGUUUCUCCAAUGAGAUACCCCAGUACUUCCACACCUGGCCGACCAUCACUCAAAGACAAGCUAGCUGACAAACCUACACCCAAACCAGCUGGGCGAGGCACACCUGGCAGACCCCCUGGGCGAGGCCGUGGGCGGGGCAGACACCGUGCCCAGAGUACAAGGAGCGAAUCUGACCAAAUAGACACACCUAAACAUCAGGCAGGGGACAAGCAGCAUAAUGCGGAGACGGGCAAGUUGGGCUCCCACCACCAGUCCCAUGCAGAUCUGAAAGGGACCACGACUCCAUCACCUUCUCCAUCGGGGGUCAACCGGCGAACUGCUGUUUUGUUGAAUAGUAAAAAAGCCCGCAAUUCUUCUUCCAAUGCUUCUACACCUUCCACGCCUACACAGCCCCGAAAAGGCCCUGGUCGGCCACCCAAACAUAGACCACCACCAGAAUCUGUAUCCCCAAGGUCCCCUGUGCUGGAGUCCUCCCCCAGUAGCCGCGGGCCGGCUAGCCCCUCCACAGGGGCACGGAAGCGAUCUGCCAGCACAGGAGCUUCCCAUUCUGAUGGUCGUCCAUCCCCCCCAAAGAGAGCCGCUUCAAUGACUGAAACAUUACCUUCUCUUAGCGAGAGUAGCCACAUCCCAACUAAAGCAAGUUUCCAGGUGUACCGUGUCGGAAACAUCCGCAGUUCCUCUGAGUCCGAGAGCACCUCUGACCUGAGCAGUGGCGACGAAGAGCUGUCAGACAGCUCGACAGCAAGCUCUUCCAACAACAGCAGAUCAGAGGAUAAUUCUGACGCGACUGAGAACAGCAACGGGCAGCGAGAUGGGCCUGACCUUGAACUUGGCAAUUGGAACGGCAUGUCGGGUAGCUCACCUGCUUCUGCUUACAGCACAUCCAACUCCCCUCCUCAAUCCUCUUCCGCCCAGCAUGCAGGUAGGCAUGCCAAAAGAAAGAAUAAAGAAAACAUAAAGUUAGGCUCGGACCUCGCAGAGAAGGAUGAUCUUUUGAUCAGAAGAACAAGAAACCGAUCCUAUGACCAAACGGUUCAUAAAAGCAGAGUUACAAAAUCAGUCUUGAAUAAAAGGAAGUCUGUACGAUUUGACCUAAACUGCACAUCACAAGAACAUACAAGUAAUGAAAUCAAAGAAAUUAAGUUGGUCCAGUAUAAAAGAGAAUUGGGUGGUAAUAAACACGAAACCAGAAGUACAAGCAAAAGAUGCAGAGAGAUGAAGGAUAAAAGAGAUAUGGGUGGUAGUAACCAUGAAACCAGAAGUAUGAGCAAGAGAUGUAGAGAGGCAAAGAGUCAGUGUUCCAGCUCUGUAGGAGGUACCCAAGUACACACUAGGGCCAUAACAUCCACCAAAACACUACAGGUAACCAGUGUUGACUUUACUGGGUCAGACCUCUUUGAGGUACACACACAUGAGGGUUCUUCACAGAGAGAAUUGUGUGGGGGAAAAAUUCCUGUCAUGCCACGAACCAGGGCUGGAAGCAAAGGGACAGCCUACUACUCAAUGCUGCGUAGUCGGGACAAAAACUGUAAUUCUGCUUGGGAGAUUAAUCACGGUGACACCAGAACUGUAUCCAGAGACUGUAUGGUAGCAGUGGUAGCCCAAGACUGCAUUGUGUCAGCUGCACUCCAAGACAUCGUGGAGGUGUCUGAUGGUGAUGAUCAGAGUUCUGGGAGGCCAGGGUCACCUUCUAGCAAGGCAAAAUGUCAGCCUCUCACAAAGAAUUGUCAGACAUUGCUAGCUCUUCUGGCAGAUAGACAACUACUUGGGAGGACAUACUCUACAAGUUACACAACCCAAGGUUUUGUCAACAGCAGUGCCCGGCCCAGACGAAGUCCCAGCUUUGAAUCCGAUGAUGUGAUUGCCCUGGAGCCCCUUGACCUGGUGUGGGCCAAGUGUCGUGGAUAUCCCUGGUACCCUGCACUGAUAAUAAAUCCCAAGAUGCCAAAGACCGGCUACUUUCAUAAUGGUGUCCCCAUCCCGGUCCCUCCUGAGGAUGUUCUCAACCUGCAGAAAUGCUAUGAUGAGACAGUGUACCUGGUUCUCUUCUUUGACACAAAGCGCACAUGGCAAUGGCUGACUCGUGGUAAGCUUGAGCCACUGGGAGUUGACUCCAACCUGGACAAAGCCAAGCUGACAGAGAACAAGAAACCUAAUGUUAGAAAAGCUGUCCAGAAAGCAUAUGAAAAGGCAAUUGUCCAUCGCUGCAGUGUCAGCGGGGAACCCAACCCCUUGUCAGGGGAUUCCAGCUCUGAGGAUUAGUAGGCCAACGUGGAUGUAGACGAACAUGUUGACAUAAUGUGAACACUUUUUAUGCCAGUCAUAAUGAAUGAGAGAGAUCGAGAGAGAGGGUUGUUAAGACAGGGAGUGCGGAGAGAGUGCAUGUGAUGUAUGGUUAUGAAGACAGAAUCUGGUGGUUUUAUACAGUGGACAUGGCUUCUUCACUGCCAAUAAAAGAAGCAUUUUCCGCAUCAAAGACUUUGCUGGUGGUAAUAUUGAAAACUGUGUUUUGUACAGUAAGAGCAUUUCAUCUCAGCAUCUCUUCAUCAGGGCUUGCCAUUGUCGUAUUGUUGUCGUUUCCAGUGCUUUUUCAUACAUCUUUAUUCAGAUUUUAUCCAUUUGUUCAUCAGUUUACCAUUGCCUUAUCACAAUGUCAAAUACCAUUGAUCUGUUAGUGAACUACUUGUGUUUUAUCAAAUGUCUUCUAUGUUUUAUGCUUGGCAUUGACUUGUUAUCAACUCAUGGUCUGAUCACAAAGAUCAUUCAACUGGUCCAGUCAUCCAGUGCAUGCACUGUACCAAUAAACUUUAUUGUAGAUCUUUUCAUUUACAAAUCUGUACAAGUUGUUUGCUGUUAUCAUAGCAGUGUUUAUAUGGCCCAUGAAAGGUUGCUGUUCCUUUUAUUAUUUAAAGGAUUAAAAUAUGAGAAUAAGAUCAUUAA